AUGGCGGGCCUCCUCGCGCAGCCUGCGCGCGUAACGCGGGUGGCCGUCCCCGCGUCCUCUCCGCUAGCAUCCCCCGCCUUCAUUUCCCCUAGUCGCUUUUCUGCAGCCGCUCACGGCCGGAUAGCGGCGCGGCAGCGCAAGUCGCUGGCCGUUAGAGCAGCAGCGGCGGGCGAUUCGAGUGGCGACGGCGACAAUGUGGUAACCCUGCUGGACUACGGCGCGGGAAACGUGCGAAGCGUGCGAAACGCCAUUCGCCUGUUGGGUUACGAGAUCAACGAAGUGAGCGAGCCAGAGGACAUCCUGGCAGCCAAGAAGCUCAUCUUCCCGGGCGUGGGCGCGUUCAGGGCGGCCAUGGACGUGCUGAACGAGAGAGGCCUGGCAGACGCCAUCCGCCAGUACGUGGCGUUGGACCGCCCCUUCCUGGGCAUUUGCCUGGGCCUGCAGCUGCUCUUCGACGGCAGCCAGGAGUUUGGCGAUGUGGAGGGAUUGGGCAUCAUCCCAGGCACUGUGUCCCGAUUCGAUGCAUCCAAGGGGCUCACUGUGCCGCAGAUCGGGUGGAACGGGCUGCAGAUCGUGCAAUCCGAGCCGUCCAUUCUGGAUGGCGUGAAUGGGCGCCACGUGUACUUUGUGCACUCGUACCGAGCCACUCAGACCCCUGACAACAGCGAGUGGGUGCUGGCGACGGCCAACUAUGGCGAGCCGUACGUGGCGGCAGUGAGGAAGGGCAACGUGCAGGCCGUGCAAUUCCACCCAGAGAAGUCGGGCGUGGUGGGCUUGGACAUCCUGCGUCGCUUCCUCGGCCCCAACAGGAGCCAGCAGGCCAACGAGGUGGAGGAAGCAUGCAGCAAGCCCCUGAGGGGCCCUCGAGCAACACAGCUGGCGAAGCGCGUGAUCGCGUGCUUGGAUGUGCGCGCUAACGACCGGGGGGACCUGGUGGUUACCAAGGGCGACCAGUAUGACGUGCGGGAGCAGGGCGAUGAGAGGGAGGUGCGCAACCUGGGCAAGCCAGUGGAGCUGGCGGCACGCUACUUCAGGGAGGGCGCGGACGAGGCUGGGGUGCGCAACCUGGGCAAGCCAGUGGAGCUGGCAGCACGGUAUUUCAAGGAGGGCGCGGACGAGGUGGCGUUUCUCAACAUCACGGGCUUCAGGGACUUCCCCCUGGGGGAUCUGCCCAUGCUCGAGGUGAUAGGGGGACUCGCCCACCCGCCAAGUGAUAGGGGGGAGCUAGUUGCUGUGUUUGUGGGGGGCAAUUCACCAGUGCUCCAGAUGACUGUCAGGGGGCUGAUCUGCCUUGAUUCACCAGUGCUGGAGGGCUGA